UAGACCGUAAACAAAUGCGUACGUAAACAAAGAAGGAGGCGAAGCCGAAAAGGCAGAAAGAGUUCCACUGGCCACUUGCAUUUGAAGUUUAAAAACCAAGAUAAGAGCCAUGACCUCUCCACCGUUUCUUGUAAUGGUCAAGGCCAAGAAUGGACGGACAAAAUUAGAAGGUCUCACUAUGAAGUCUACAAUCAGCAACCUACUCCAGAAAAUAUCAGAAUUCACAGAAAUACCAAGCAAAUCACAGAAGUUACUCCAUGGGUACCCUCCCAAACCACUAGAUAUAUCAAACCAUGGUCAAGAAUUAGCUUCUCUUCCUUUUAAGUCGGGAGAUAUGGUCAUAGUAGAGGAGGUUGUCAUCAGUAAUCAAACUGAUGGUACUCGAGGAAGCAGCGACGCAGAGGCCACGAUGACCCGUCGUGUUGUUCCAGCUGAUAACUCUUGCCUAUUCAUGGGCAUAGCCUUGCUCAUGGAAGGCGGUAAUACGGACAGUUCGCGUGCUCAAGAACUCCGCAACCUUAUCGUCAGUGUCGUCAGCAGUAAUCCUGAGUUGUACAAUGAAGCCUUCCUAGGUAAAUCAAACUCCAUGUACUGCCAGUGGAUUAAGAACCCAGACUCUUGGGGUGGUGCCAUAGAAAUCUCAAUCCUGACUGAGUUCUAUGAGACAGAGAUUGCAGUUGUUGAUACCCAGACAGUGCGUGUUGACAAAUUUGGAGAAAACAAUGGUUACAAGCAUCGUAUUUACCUGAUAUAUGAUAAUGUUCACUAUGAUCCUCUGAUUAAGGAACUUGAGGGAGGUGGUACAGAGACGGUGUUUGGAGUUGAUGAUGAAGAUGUUCUCUCACAAGUCUUGAAGCUUGCAACAGAGGCCCAGAAAAGCAGACAGUAUACAGAUCUUUCUGGUUUUACUCUGCGUUGUCUUGUUUGUAAUGAUGGCCUUCGAGGGCAAAGACAAGCACAGCAGCAUGCUAUAGCGACAGGACAUUCUAACUUUGCAGAAUACUGAAUUCUUACUUUGGGGAUACUGAUGUUAAAAGGAGACACACCCACCCAUAUGCAGGUUAAUCAAUUAAAAGUGAAGGCCUAUAUAACUUAUUUCUUGUCUGAAGGCAGUGCCAUUAUAUGCAUAAAUAUUUACAAUGCUGGAAUUUCAUUAUAAAAAUGAUUAAGGCUCCAUGAUAUUCCAUUAAAGUCAAUGAUAUUAGAAACUUGAAGUAUUGGCUAACAUUUAUUCCAUGUUGGUAGGGUAACGAUUCAGUAUAGUACCUUCAAGUAUUUGUUGUUUGUAUUUGUAGUUUAUCAAAUUUUACUUUAAAUAGAAAGUGAUUUAUGAAAUGGGCAUAGGAUGUAGAAAGACAUGGGGCCCCGUUUCAUAAAGAGUUACAACUGUUGUAACUGUUGUAACUUUGCCAUUAUGGCAACUACCAUGGCAACCUUGAUUUUGAUUGGCUGAUGAGCCCUGAUGCCAUGGUAGUUGCCAUAAUGGCAAAGUUACAACAGUUGUAACUCUUUAUGAAACGGGCCCCUGGAGCCAAUGCCACAAUGAACCAGAAUUAGCUGCAGCUACUUUCAUGGACAUAUUUUUGUCUCACCUGUUGUUUUGUCUGAACAAAGUUUGGCAGAGGCCUUGUAAUCACUUUUCCUUUUGGCAUGUUAGUUUGUAAGUCUGUUAGUCCAUUAGUUUGUUCCAAAAUGUUAAAGUUUUUGUUUAACUUGUUCUCAUUUCUUUAUUUUUUCAUCAAUUACAUUGUAAGUUCAUACUUGGUGCAUAUGAUCCUUGGGGAAUACCAUGUGUGUGCCCAUGAGGGAGAUGGUGUCAAAUGUCAUCGCGGGGUCAAAAGUAGUUGGAAAGCCAGUUCAGUUACAGCAUUUGUGUGGGUGUGUCCCCUUGAUCAUAGCCUCCAUUUCCCUGCAUUGUCAAUUCCCUCGUUCAUAAUUACGCUCUUUAUUCUCAUGUUUUAAUUACCAUUCAUUAGCAAUGGAAGUUAUUGGUGCUAGUGUUCAAAGCAUUGUAGUGCAAACUGGAAAAAAGAUUGCAAGUAUUUGUCUGCAUAGACCAGCCCCUGUUUCAGGAAUAUGAUUGUGUGUGAAACAUUAAUAUUUUUAUUUUUGGAUACUAUGAAAUCUCUGACAUUUUGUAAUUGUUUUUAUACAUUUGCAAUGACUUGCUUGUUUUUUUCAUUGCCUCAGGUUUAUUUAUUCUUAUUUCUCAUUAUUUACUUCAUAUUUACAUGUAAACAUCAGGGUAAAGUUGACAAUUGCGUGUCUGAAUAUGAAUUAGAUCAACUUCAUGUAUUAGUUCUUAGGGCUGGUCCCUCAUUUAGGUGUCCACACAAAAGAUUUUUUUUUAAUUCUACAAUUUGAAUUUGCCAUUCUAAAGGACUUGGAGACAAUCACUGUUAAAGUGUGAAUUUGUAAUAUUCAAGUGGUUAUUAUCUACAUGUAUGAAUAUGAAUGGGUUAUUUUAGAAAUUUGCUAUGAAAGUCACCAUUUGAAAGAUGUUAUUUAUUUUUUUAUUAUUAAUUAGUUUUAAGUUUUUAAGUUUGUAUACAGAUUUUUUCAGAACUAUUGAAGCCAUUAUAAAAGGACAAGUCCACCCUCCCCCCAAUAAAAAAAUCCAACAAGCAUAACUCUGAAAAUUUCAUUAAAAUUGGAUGUAAAAUAAGAAAGUUAUGACAUUUUCAAGUCUCGCUUAAUUGAGUCCAAACUUUGCGUGUGUCCAUACUUCGCGGACGGUCAUUAUCUCAAAAACUAGCCAAUAUCCUUAAAAUCUGACAUCAUCAAUGUGAAAAGCGACCUAAAAUUACCCCUUGGCGUAAGUUUCUUUAGGAUGAGUUCAGUAUUUAUGAAAAUAUUGAAAAAAGAUCGGCAAAUUUGUCACCGUUAGCGCCCGUUCCGAAGAAAUCUGAUAUUCUCAGCAAGCAUCACGAUAUCAUUUUGCAAGCAGAUAUCAUAAAAAAUGCGAUUUAAGUGUGGUACUGACUGAUUUUAUAGCAUUUUUUCGUCAAUCUGAUAUAAAUAUCUCACCUUAUGAGCCUGAAUUUUUGUUUAAAUCUCCACAAAAACUUUGGUCCACAAAGUUAGGUCACACUUUUUCAAAACGGUUUUCCAGCACAGCGCGCAUUUGUCGAUCGGAAGAGAAUUUUGAGAUCGCGAUUACGGCGAAACCCCUUGACCUACUUCACAUUUUCAUCAAUGAUUUUAUGGUUUACGAUCUUGCCGUCAAUGUGGUAACUCUUUUUUAAUUGUUUUUUUAUAAAUUGUGAAUAUUUUGUGAACAAAUUUAAGCCUGAUGAAUAUUCUUUAAAAGUCCGCGAACUUUGGACACCCCAUCAUAUAUGCACAUCCUGAUUGGUAUGCAAAUGAGGAGACUAAUGAUGUCAUCCACUCACUAUUUCUUUUGUAUGUUAUAUGAAAUAUUCUAAUUUUCUUCUCAUUGUCAAGUGAUACAACAAUUAAUUCCUCCCUGAACAUGUGGAAUUAGCAAUGUGUACUUAUAUAUGGUUCAGUCAAGUUGGUCCUAAUUGUCAAAUCUUUAAAAAAUGAUAUUUUGUAUAAUUCAAACAAAAAAGAAAAAGUAAGGACAUCAUUGACAGUCUCAUUUGCAUGUCACCGAGUUGUGCACAUCACUGUCUUGGGAAAAAUAAGUGAAACUUUAAAAUAUCAUAACUUUCUUAUUUUACACCCGAUGUAGAUGACAUUUUCACUUAUGCUAAGCUGAUUUUCUUGAUUUAUUCAAAUCAACAUUUUCUGGGUUUGACUUGACCUUUAAGGAUAGUACCAACAAAGUCUCAUCUGAUUUAUUCUUGAAUCCCAGUUGGUCUACUGUAAUCCAAUUUGCUCAAAUUGCCACUCCUGCCCAUCCAAUACCUGCUUUGUCUUAAAGGUUAAGUACACCCCCAACAAAAAGGUUAUUGCAGUGAGAAGGACAAAUUCAAACAAGCAUAAUGCUGAAAAUUUCAUCAAAUCAUAUACAUGUUUUUAUGUAAAAUUAAGAAAGUUAUGCCAUUUCAAAUCACAUUCAUUUUUAUUGAUCCAUAUUAACAACACAUAACACAGUUGAUAUGUAAAAGAGAGAGUUGAUGAUAUCACAAACUGACCAUUUCUUUUAUGUUUUAUUGUCUGGAGUAUGAAUAUUUCAAUAUUUGCAGAUUUGACAAGUAAGCUCUUUAUUGAAUGACACCAUGGUAAUUCCACAUGUUCAGGCAGGAAUGAAAACUUUUAGAUAAUUGAAUACAUAAGAAGAAGUGACAUCAUCAGUUCCCUCAUUUGCAUACUGACCAGGAUGCUAAUUUUUCAGUUUGGUGAAAUGAAGCAAAACUUUAAAAGAUUUCAUAACUUUUACAUCUGAUUAUGAUGAAAUUUUCAGUGUUGUUUACUUUUUCUCUAUUUUAUCCAAAGCAAGUUUUUAUUAGGUUUCGACUUGAUCUUCUACAUUAUACAGUCUAUCUUACUAGAUGAACUGUCAGAAGACUGAGUUAAAAGAUGAAUGGAAAGAAUGAAGAGAAGGAUGUUAGAACUUAGAUGAUAAGAACAGGUGAUGAUUGGAGCCCGGGGGGGGGGGGGGGGGGUGCUUAGAUUUGGUUUGGACAGGGGUGUGCGGCUGAAGGUUCAAAACCCAUACCCAUUUUUAUGGGUCAUUUGACAAGCAAAAAAAAAAGAAAAGAGGUUAUCCCCCAAAUUUGGAGGAGAAUAUGGACCCAUGGUUAAGACCAGUAUCUAAAAAUUGGGGCAAUGGACCCAUGUUUUUAAGGCCAGUAUCUAAAAUUUGGGGCCAUAUUUUGGGAUUUUCCAGCAUAAAACCAUACCCCAUGUUUAGGGAUUUCUUCCCAAAAAACGACCAAUUCCAGCGGCACAUACCCGUAUGCCUUAUUUCAUGAGCCCCCCCCCCGGGGGGGGGGGGGUAAUUGCCUGAUCAGCAAGAAACCUGUAUAUUUAUAUAUACAUGCCUCCCGGGCAUGCCUAUUAUUAUCAAUUGACCAAAUGGGACGUAGAGCAAAUUUAUAUUUUAGCCAUGGUGAUAGAACAAGGAUAUAGUCAAGGUCGGCCUUGAGGACAUUUUGCCUGCCUUGACCUUUGAUUUGGCUGAGCCAUAUAAAGUCUCUGGGGGGGGGGGGGGGGGAAUCCUCCAGCUGACAUCUGCUCCUACCCUGAUCUACACCAAGUGAUUGAUAUUAGUGCAUAUUGCAAACAUUUGAAUAACUUUUGUCAGAACAGUUGUUGGAUAUUUUUAACAUCUUUGAAAGAAAGUUUACAUUUCCAAGUCAGCAUAAUAGGUUCAUCUUUUGAAAUACAGUAUUGUGGCUUGAAUUUGAUUACAUCUGAGCUGCCUCCAAUAUGAUGUUACAAAUUUGAAGAUUUGUUUGUUCUUCUUGUGUUUUUUUAAGGGAUAGUUGCAGUAAAUAAAUGAAAUAUUCAGCCUGGUAUACAAA